AUGCCCAACCCUAAUGCUUUACAGUCUAUUGAAAAAGAAUUAGUUCAUGAUGUGCAUUCUACACCACCAGGCACAUCAACUGGGGCUGCCAAUCAAAGUACACCAGUGACAAUUGUGGAACCAGCACCUAGCACCUCUGGUCUUGAGCUUGCUUCUACUACACAUGAAACUGAAAAUGUUCUAGUGACAGCGCAGUCUGUCGAGGUUGAAGAAAUGGAUGAGGAAUCUGAGGAAAGGUGUUUAGUGUGCAAUAAAACAGAAGGAAAGACAUGGAUAUUUUGUGAUUCCUGUCAAAAGUGGCUUCACAGAAAUUGUGCUGGACUGAGAAGUAAAGCCAAAUGGAAUAAAUACCAGAAAUCUGGAGUACAAUAUUUUUGUGAAAACU